AAUUAGAGCAAUUGGACUGCAUUUCUGUCAUGCUGAUGCUGCCCCGCCUUGGGUAUUCGAGCGCCUCCUUCAAGUCUCUCACAUGACUGUUUAGUAUAUGCACAAGUUCUUUCCCUUCAGGACCAGUAAAACAACCCCAGACACAACAUGCAGCCCGUCCCCGUAGGUUACCCCGUAGUAAAACUUUCCGGACCUCUGAUCGUUGCCUAUCUCUUACAUUGGGGGCUCUUUGGUACCCUUUCUGUGCAGCUCUAUCUGUACUACCUAGCAUUUCCGAAAGACAGAAAAUUCACAAAAUAUCUCGUCUAUGGCAUCUACAUCGUCGAAUUCGUGCAGACGAUGCUCAUUACCCACGACGCAUUUGCAGUGUUCGGUUACGGCUUUGGGGAUGUCAUAGUCCUCACUGACAUGCAUUCUGAUUGGCUCACUGUCCCUGUCAUGGGCGCUGCCGUUGCUUAUGUCGGGCAAGUUUUCUAUGCAUACCGAAUCUUCAUAUUGUCCAAGUCACGAAUCGUCCCUAUGUUCAUCACUUGUGUGUCCUUGACCAGCUUUGUGGCAGCUAUAAUCACAGGCGUCUACUCCUUCCAAGCAGGUAAUAUUAUUGAACUCAGUAAGAGAAAAGUUUUAAUCGCGGUGGGGAUUUGGUGCGGCGCCUCUGCUUUGUGUGAUAUUGUCAUCGCUAUCUGCAUGACUUACUAUCUCAUGCGUAGCAGUACCCGUUUACGUCAAACCCAAAUUCUGGUCACAAAGCUAAUUCGUCUCAUUAUUGAAACAGGAUCUGUGACAGCCAUUGUCGCUCUGGCCACUGUCACCCUCCUUUUUGCGUUCCCUCAUCAGACUUUCUACACUACACCCGGCAUGCUCAUGCCCAAGCUGUACGCUAAUACCGUUUACAUGGUGCUGAAUUCGCGAAUGCGAAUUAUGGAUGGACGGGGUACUUAUACGUCUUCGACUGAUAUGAGCUUCGCGACCACUAUGAUGAGGGAUAUCACUUCCCAAUCAGCAGAAGGCGCACGGUCUGCGGACUAGGUGCAAAGAGAGGCGUCAAUGGUCGUGAUAUCUAAAGAAGUAUUCAACGAUGAUCGCGAAAUGAAGUGAGAAAUCACAGGACAGCGGUAUGAGCUUCCCCGCAUAACUGUUAGAGUAUUUCUUCGAGACUACACCGUGCCAGACGGGAACCCACCUUGAUUUCUUUGACGCAAUAAACACCCAUGCCAAAUGUUACGACCUUAAUAUCAUGUAUAUGAAUUGAUAUUCAGAAUGACUUCUUAUCAAAGG